AUCCGGAUUGUUUUGUCUCCCGUCCUCCUUUCCCAAGCACGAGGACCCUCCUGCUGAUGCUCACGCUAACGGAGUUGCUGACAGUGGAGAUGCUGUGCAGGGCAAGACGGAGCCGCAGUCCGCUGGUGAAAAGCCUCCCAAAGGAAACGGCGAUGAGCAAGUACCCCCGCUCCUGCCUCCCCCGCCGCCUGGCAGCCUUCCUCCUUAUCCCCCCUACUUCGAGGGAGCUCCCUUUCCUCGUCCGCUAUGGCUGCGGCACACGUACAACCAGUGGGUUCCUCAGCCACCGCCACGGACUAUAAAGAGGACGAGGAGGCGUUUGUCGCGGAAUAGAGACCCGGGAAGGCUUAUCAUGAGCACUAUCAGGCUGCGGCCAAGACAGGUGCUCUGUGAGAAGUGUAAAAACACUCUGAACCCCGAGGAUGCGAACACAGCUAGGCAGAACGCUAAAACCAGGAGGAAGCUGAGCAUUCAGGACAAAGAGCAGAAAAAGCACAGUGACUCCGACUACAUGGAGAAAAGGAACAAAAGAGAAAAGAGAGAGGAUGACAAAUUUUCUGGGGAACUAGUACAUCGAACGCCAGUUAUAAAAAUAUCCUACAGUACUCCACAAGGGAAAGGCGAAGUUGUAAAAAUCCCUUCCCGCGUUCAUGGCUCAGUCAAACCGUUUUGUCCAGACCGAAUGUUGCAGAAUGGAGGGGAGGACCAAGAGGAGACCAGAGACUCCGAACGGUGUCGAGAAACCAAAUGUUUAAUGGACAAGUCAGCAGGCAGCCAGCUUGCUUCCAUUCCAAAACUGAAGCUCACACGGCCGGUGCAUUCCAGUGCGGAUGUCCCACCCCCAAAGAUACGGCUGAAGCCCCAUCGCAUGAAUGAUGGUCAGAGUGUUUCAAUUUAUAAGGCAGAACUUAUUGACGAAAUAAAUGUCCUUCAGAACAGCAGGGAGUCCAAUCCUGGCGCAUUUUACAAAGAUGAAUCCACAGACAGAAGUUUAGCUGAGAUAUCUUCAGGGAGUUCAGGUGAAGAUGAGGACUUUAAAAGAUUUCCCCAAGGUAAAGAUGGACAUGAUAACUUGGCUUUCCUUAUGAAUUAUCGUAAAAGAAAAGCAGAUUCUUCCAGCUUAUCAGUGUGUAGUAAUGACAGUCUAGAUGAAUCCAAGUCUUCUAGUUCAGAAGUAACAUCACCAGAAAUGUGUGACUUUUUGCCUGGUGAUGAUGCAUCCGUCUCUUCAUCUUCAAAAGAUGAGCGUAAAAUUGUGCCGCCACUAACAGUUAGACUUCAUACCCAAAGUGUGUCUAAAUGUGUCACAGAAGAUGGAAGAACUGUUUCAGUGGGGGAUAUUGUUUGGGGUAAAAUUCAUGGUUUUCCAUGGUGGCCGGCACGUGUUCUUGACAUAAACCUUAGCCAGAAGGAAAAUGGGGAACCUUCGUGGCGAGAAGCUAAAGUAUCAUGGUUUGGUUCUCCAACGACUUCAUUCUUAUCUGUUUCAAAACUCUCUCCUUUCUCUGAAUUUUUCAAACUGAGAUUUAAUCGCAAGAAGAAAGGGAUGUAUCGGAAAGCUAUCACAGAAGCUGCAAAGGCAGUAGAGCAUCUGACUCCAGAAAUAAGAGAUCUCUUAACACAGUUUGAGACAUAA